AUCAAAAGUUAAUAGAGCCCCACCAAAAAAAUGAAGAUGUCGAGUAUGAUCAAGAUAACAAUGAUGAUGGGAUUGGUAGUAGUUGGCGUGGGAGCAAAGACUGUGACUGAGUGUCAAGAAACAGACCGUCUGUCCCAUUGUCAAAACAUUAACAAUAUGGCUUGUACUCGUUGUGUCUUUGAAUGUGCUUCUCCUCCAUCUUUUCAGUAUUCCGACACAAGGGUCGAUGAAGUAGACCAAAGAGUAGUAUGCUACCGGAAUUGCGAUGUGGGUUGUGGCACUGACAAUGCAUGCCACGAACGUUGUAAGAAACGUUGUGGUUACCCACCCUCGAUGAAUGUUCAUCAGUGAUUUGAUGAGAUUCAAGAGUCCUAAACUUGUGGAACUUUUGUUGAAUUAUUACUCUUGUGAUUGAACUGUUUAUUUCUUGAUAUUUUUACUUGUUGGGAUGUAAUUGGCAUGAAAAGAUUUAUAUAACCAUACUAAAAUAAAACCUAAAGCCUAAAACUUAAGUAUGUACUUGGUUAAUUUUUGAAAAAGACGAAAUAUAGGAAAAGGAAAAAACUAACAGGC